GUAAUUUUGAAAUUAUGAUUUUUUUAAACAUUUGAUGGAUGUGGGUAGUAAAUUAGGAGGUGUUGGUAGCAAAAUUGUAAUUGACCUGUUGUUCUUGUAGUAAAGGAUGCUAAUUCAAUCAACACAAGUAGCAACACUGUCUCAAUUUCUCACCCGUUCUCUAUAGCUGAAAUUUGGAGGGAACAAUCAACGCCGAAACGAAACGCAUGGCGGUUCCGGCAGAUCCAGCCAUUGUUGAAGAAGAAGAGCAAGAGCACGAGCACGACGGUCCCACGCAUCAUCCUUCUGCUCCGUCACACGAGUUUUUUGAUUUAUCAACGACUGUUGAUCCAAGUUAUAUAAUCUCCUUAAUAAGGAAGCUUUUGCCAUUGAAUUCUGCUUCUGUAAAUGGAGUUGUUUUGGAUGACCCUAAUACACAGAAUAAAGAAGGGGAUGCACCAUCUGCAUCUAUUUGUAAUGAUGAACACCCUGAAUCGUUCAAGAGUAAAUCCGAAAAUAUGGAUGUUGAUGUUUCAUGUGAACAUUCUCGUGCACAAGGAGAAUGUAGAGAAAAUGGUGAUGGAUUUGAACAUUCUGGUGCCUCGGUUGGAGAGGACCCCUGGGAAGAAUAUGGUUGUAUUUUGUGGGAUCUAGCUGCCAGUAAAACGCAUGCAGAACUCAUGGUGGAGAAUCUCAUACUUGAAGUUCUUUUAGCAAAUCUCGUUGUUUGCAAAUCUGUGCGGGAUACUGAAAUUAGCAUAGGAAUUAUCGGGAACCUUGCCUGCCAUGAUGUUCCAAUGAAGCAUAUAGUCUCAACAAAAGGAUUGAUUGAGAUAAUUGUGGAUAAACUGUUUAUGGAUGAUCCUCAAUGCCUAUGUGAAACAUGUCGAUUGUUGACUGUGGGCCUUCAAAGUGGUGAAUGUAUUACAUGGGCUGAGGCAUUGCAUCCCGAACAUAUAUUGUGUCAAAUAUUAUGGAUUGCAGAAAAUACUUUGAACCUUCAGCUUUUAGAAAAGAGUGUAGGGCUGAUAUUAGCUAUUUUAGAAAGUCAGCAGAAAGUUGUAGAUGAUCUUCUUCCACCCAUGAUGAAGCUUGGUUUGGCAAGUAUAUUGAUCAAUCUCUUGACUUUUGAGAUAAGCAUAUUAACGAAUGACAGAAUACCGGAAAGGUACUCAAUUCUUGAUAUAAUUCUUCGUGCUAUUGAAGGCCUUUCUGUUAUUGAUGAACAUUCUCGGGAAAUAUGUUCAAAUAAAGAGCUUUUUCAUCUAGUAUGUGACUUGGUCAAGUUCCCAGAUAAAGUUGAGGUUGGGAACUGCUGUGUUACUGCUGCAGUUCUUAUUGCUAAUGUUUUGUCUGAUGUUGCUGAUCGUGCUUCUGAAAUAUCACAGGAUUGGUGUCUCUUAGGUGGUCUGCUUGAUAUCUUUCCUUUUGCUUCGGAUGAUUCAGAAGCAAGAAAUGCACUUUGGAACGUACUUGCUAGAAUAUUGGUCAGAAUACACGAAACUGAAAUGAGCUCAUCAAGUGUAUGCCACUUUGUUUCAGUUCUUGUGAGAAGAAUUGAUCUGAUUGAAGAUGAGCUUCUGAACCAACAAUGUGUUGAUUCUAGUUCUGCUUCAACAGUAGAUGCUAGAAACACAUCUCUCAUGAGAAUAACCAGCAUUAUGAAUCAGUGGACUGCUGUAAAGGAUGAUGUUGAGAAUAAUGGGAAUGCUGAAGUUUUUGUCAGUGAGAAAGAUGUAAAAAAGUUGUUGGAUUGUUGUCAUAAAUUCUCGAAAUAGAAUUGCUUUAUUAUCUUGUAAAUUAUAGCUGUCCAGACAAUCUUUGAAGGUUCUGACAUUAUUGUUUAACUCACUUCUGAAUCCUAAUUUGCUAUGUUGUUGAGAGUUAAGAAAUAGUAUGGAGAUAUUAUGAAGUUUAGUGGCUUGAAUGUUCAUAACUUGUUUAGUUUUUAGACUAAAACAGGAAGCAUAUUUUCGUUGGCUUGAUUGCUUCAAGCUAGAGAAAUUAUGGAAUUUAUUCAA